UAAAUUUAUGUUAUAGUAAUUUCAUCUUCCUGUCCUUAUCCCAAUUAUUUGAUACUCAUAUUACUUAAGGUUUUGGCUUUUAGUUGUACAAUCGUCCAGCAUCCUGACAUCAACCCUCUAGGAAUAAUAUAUUAAAAAAAUAUGGUCAUUAUUAGCACUUUGAUAAAUAAUAUAAAUCACGUUAUUUAAAAAAAUCCAAUAAGUACGUUAGUUACUCAGUUAAGUAAAAACAUAUCACAUUAUUAAUUAAAAUAUUACAAGGAUCAAAAUGGUUCAUACUAAAUCCACACCGAUUGCGCUACACGUUUAUUUGCGUCUGUGUGCGUGUAUUACUGUAUGUGUGCGUAAAUCCAUGCGAUUAAACUUAAAGUUGAGCGGCAUCAUUUUGUCAUAGGCCUCAUAACUACACGAACGAGAAACUACAGCAGCAGUUGCAAUUCGAAUUCAAUUCAAGCUUGAAGAGGACGAAUAUAUAAAGGUUUGUCAGAGCUAUGGCUUCAUCAUCACGUGCAUCAGCUGCUUUGUCUCUACCAGACAUAAUCGAAAAUUUCUUGUCAGACCUAGAGGUUAAGGGUGUAAUCUCAGAAACUGAUUUGAAGGAGAUUAUUAACGUCCAAGAUGAUUGGGUGAAACUAGUCAGCACAGCCUUGGAAUACCAAGGAUUUAAUCCCAGAGUGAUUAUGAGCCAGCUGAUUAGGAAUAGGAAGAGCUAUGAAGCUCAGAAGAACUCCCUUAUUCAAUGGGAUUUGGCAAAUGAUAGAGAUAAUUUAAAGUGGACACCAGCAUCAGAAGAGAAGAACAGAUUCUCUAAUCAGGAGAGUUUUUCCAAAGAUAUUAAUUUCUUGAUAAGAAUGUUCCUUGCCACGAAUAAUCAUAUUGGCAAGAUCAUAAAGAAAGCCAGAGGAGGAGUGGAUGACAUACUAAACAUGCUAAAGGAGAAGUAUGUUAUAGAUGAUAAUAUUCACAAGAGUGGAACUUCUCAGAAAUCUAGGAUCACACUCCCUAGGAUUGUAAAAGUCUUCCCUGGUACAGCAGUCAGGAUGUUCCAUGAGAAGUCAGUGAAGGAAAUAGUGGCAUAUGAGAUAUUUCCUGGAUCACUCAAACCCGACACUCAUGCCAUCUGCUGCCCUUUAUUGCCAUCUGUGUGUCCUAAUUCAUUAGUGGAAGAAAAAGGGAAUAAUUUCCAUCCUGUGAUGAUAUGGACUGCUAUCAAAUUAGAUGACAUCAUACACAGGAAAGACAAAGUAGUCACCCCUCUUAUUAAACUUCUCAUAUAUUACCGUGCUAGGUACCAAUCUACUGCAGUUCCAGAGAAAGCUAGAAUCGCUAUAUUUAAACUUUUUGGACUAAUUACUAUCAAGAGGGUAUCUAAAGUUGCAGAGGACAUCAUGCUAACGGAGAAUGCGAAGGCUUUGGUUUCCUCAUGCCAUUCAACAUUAGGUCAAAUGAGAACUGAUGAUAAGAACCAUGACUUGAUGAUGAAGGUUGCCAAGACAGGAGACAUGACUUUAUUUUAGCAUCUUUCUUUUAGUUUAGUGAUUUUUGUUUUUGAAUUUUCCUUGGAUUGAUUAGAUUUAAUCAUUUUUUAGUAUAUGACCUAAAAUAAUUCUUCCUUUUAUAAUUCUUUUAAUAAUUCUUUUUUUAUCUACU